GCGGGACGGGAAGCCUGCUUCGGGCCUAUCAUUCCCAGCGCCUCACUCUCCCACACAACCCUUCCCACAAUAAAAGCCGGCCGAAGGAGCGAGCAGUAAAACAUGAGGGACGCUCAAACCAGACAACUGCAAGAUGCUGUCACAAAUGUGGAGAAACAUUUUGGAGAGCUGUGCCAAAUCUUUGCUGCUUAUGUGCGGAAAACUGCCAGACUGCGAGACAAAGCAGACCUCCUAGUGAAUGAAAUCAACGUGUAUGCCUCUACAGAGACCCCAAACCUAAAGCAAGGCCUGAAAAACUUUGCUGAUGAGUUUGCCAAACUUCAGGAUUAUCGCCAAGCUGAGGUAGAAAGACUUGAAGCCAAAGUAGUUGAACCUUUGAAAGCUUAUGGAACCAUUGUAAAAAUGAAACGGGAGGACCUCAAAGCAACAUUAACAGCAAGGAAUCGAGAAGCUAAACAGUUAACUCAGUUAGAAAGAACACGUCAACGAAACCCAUCUGAUCGUCAUGUAAUCUCACAGGCAGAAACUGAAUUACAGAGAGCUACAAUGGAUGCUACCCGAACAACUCGUCAUUUAGAGGAAACUAUUGACAAUUUUGAAAAGCAGAAGAUAAAGGAUAUCAAGAAUAUAUUUUCAGAAUUUAUCACUAUCGAAAUGUUAUUUCAUGGCAAAGCUUUAGAGGUCUACACUGCUGCCUACCAAAAUAUACAAAAGAUUGAUGAGGAUGAAGAUUUAGAGGUUUUCCGAAAUUCUCUGUAUCCACAAGAUUAUUCAUCUCGUUUAGAUAUUGUAAGAGCAAACUCAAAGUCACCUCUUCAGAGAUCACUGUCAGCUAAGUGUGUAUCUGGAACAGGUCAGAUACCCACUUGUCGACUAAAAAAGGAUCAACAAGCAGAUGACGAUGAUAAAGAUGAUGAAGACUUAGAUGUUACAGAAGAUGAAAAUUAAGUAAACUCUACAUUUCCAUUUUCAUCUUGAAAAUGACAUGAAAUCCAGUAUUACUAAAUUAUAAAACCUUCAAUUCACUCAACAGGUAAAACCUCAGAAUGAAAUCCUAAGAAAUGAGAAAAUCAAUUAAAGGAAAUUUAUGACUAAAAAGUUUAAAAUAUUAUACACCAAUUACCUGAACAUCCUAA